AUGCCGAUCAAUGGUGAUGGAGGGAUUGUUAAGGCUUCAACAAUUCAUCCAAAGACUCUCAUCGCUCCAAAGUACAUCGGCGUUUUGGUUUUCAAUGAUGUUUUAAUAUUUUUAGAGAAGAAAGACUAUAAAUUAUGGCCAUUGGAAUUGAUUUGGUUGCAAAAUGAAACCGAAUCGACAAAUCCAUCGCUUUCUUUGAUCGCGCCAGAAGCACAACUUUUGUUAGAGUUCAAGAGUGAUGUUGAGCGGAAUAAAUUCAUGGCCGCCAGCGAGUCGUGGAGCACGAAAAAGCCGGCGUCACAGAAACGCUUUGGCCAGUACAAGUUCACAAAUCCAUCGUCGGACUUGAUUGAUUCGACUUACCAGGGAUCGUGGCUUUGCGGGAAGCCAAAUGGAAGGGGAAUUUUGCGAUACGAGGACGAGACUUGUUAUGAGGGACAAUUUGUCGACGGAGAGUAUCAUGGUUUCGGAGUGCUUACCGUUCCACAUUUCACUCAAACCGAGAAAGACUCCUCAUUUUCAUCGUUUUUCCUUGGCUCACCAACGAUGAAAACGGAAAAAGUGACCGAGUUCAAAGGAGUCUUCCGUCGAGGGAAACUUUGUGGAUUGGGAAGGAUACGAUAUCCAAACGGCGACUUUUACGAGGGCUAUUGCGAGGGAAAUGAACCGCACGGUUUCGGUUUACAUCAAUGGGAUCGUGGGAAAUAUCUAGGUGGAUGGAAAGACGGAAAACGACACGGAUAUGGGGUCCAUUCAACAAGAAAGGCUCGCUAUCUAGGCGAGUUCAACAAUGAUAAGCUGCAAGGGCGUGGCUCACGGAUAACAAUUGAUGGAUGUUAUCAUGAGGGAAAUUGGGUAGACGAUCUAAUUACGCAUGGCCGAAUCAUUUGCCCGCCAAAAGCCGCUCAGCCACAUUUUUCCGUUGAAUACGAGGGAGAUUUCGAGGAUUACGGUAGUUUAACCGGAAAGGGCUUUCUAAAAGUCGCUCCAAACACAUUGAUCUCUGGGCAAUUUUCUGGGGAUCUUCUUUCUGGGGAUCAAGUGCAAAUGAACAACACACAGAUGUACAUAAAAGAAAAACCGAUUAAACUGAGGGAAAUAAAUGGGCAAUUGAUGGUGGAAGAGGGAGAAACGACCAUUGAGAGAUUCUACAAUGAAGAAGGACCUCAAGAAUCCUCUCACGUUCCACCCGCUUCGCAGCGAUGGCAGAAAAUGUUCAAUAUUUUCAUUGAAGAGGAGUUGGGAGGAAACUUCACGGAAAGCGCGCUCGUUUGGCAACGGAUCGUUUCCGGGAUUCGCAAAGGGAAAGAGAUGCGCGGAAAGAUCCAUGAGACUGGUCCAUGUCCGCAGCCGGUUUUGGAGCGAAUUCCGCCGUAUGAGGACGCGUGGUCGCCCGGCUAUCGAACCAUGUUGACUGAGUAUUUUAAUGCGGCUAUCAACUACGAACCCCAUCCGCUAUGGCGACUUUGUCACGGAAGUAUUGAUUUAUUUGUGUGCUCUUACAAUAAUAUGGCCACUCAUGCAGCAAUGUACUCCCAAUCGACGCUGGAAUUGAGAAGUCUCAUCGAGGAGAAUUACAAAGUGAUCAGAUUAUUAUUCUCAUCACUUCCCGAGAAUCCCUAUGAGGUUUUUGCGGAGAGUCUAUCGAGAAGAGAAAGCUCGACUAAUGGGACUAACAGCUCCUCGGAAUCGAGUCCCGAUGGGUCGCCGGCUAAAACAAGUAAAUCCGAUCCCCUUCCGCCAAUUGAGGCGCCGACUCCAGCUUGUGAAUUUCUCUACGAAUUUUUCUUCCCAAAAGUCUCACCGACUCUCUCAACGAUUUACAGCCUUUCAAUUGCCGAACUGGAUUCGAUUUACUGGAGGAAAGCUUUGUAUUUGAAUGCACACACCGAUAUCAAGCUGCUUGAGUACUUUUUGGUGCCAAAAGAACUCUGGCCAAUUGAGAUGCCCGUUGUGAACGAUUUGGAAAAGCCGCUGAUCAGAGCCUUGGCGAGGAAGAAAUUCUAUGAAUCGGCCAUUCUGGCCCUCCAACAAUUGCCCACCGAUGCGAAUCCGUCAACAAAAUUGGCGAUUCUUGUCGACACUUUUGAGGAAAUUUCUCAGUGCGUAUUGAACUACGCGGAUGCGGGAAGUGACCACGUUUGGGGAGGAGACGAUCAAUUCCCGGUGAUGAUCUACAUCGUCGUUCGAGCCGGCAUUCAGCAUUUAGGCUCAGAGAUUCGUUUGUUGGACAAUUUCACAAGGGAAUUCCGUUCGGGUCAUGCGGUUGACAUGAUGUUCACGAUGCUCAAAGCGGCCUAUGUUCAGAUUUUGACCGAUAAAUGGGUGGCU